ACCCCCAACCUCCCCCAUGUUACUAUGAAAUCUCAACCCAGCACUUCCCCAUUAUUUGCAUUUAUUUGUCUCUCACCAUCUUCUCCUUUACACCCAAAACCCAAAUUUUCUUUGUCUUCAUCUCCACAAGUGGCUUCAUUUCUUUUAUUACCAACAAAGAAUCUUUUAAAACAUACAGACAGACCCAGAUAGAUCUCAAAAACCUGUCCAUUUUUGGAACCUCUAUAUAAGUAAGUUACCAGGUUCUUUUUUUCCCCUCAAGGAAAUACCAAAAAAAUGCAGCAGAUUUUUCAGUGGCUGUUUAAGGUUUCUCGUGAACAGGGAGCUCAGAAUACUACUAUUAAAGAUCAAGAAGAUAAAUCUAAAGAUAUAAUUCCAUAUAAGAAGAAAAGAAGAUCAAAGAGUAAGAAAUUUAAACCAAUUAUAUUUCUAUGCAAUAAAGACAUUGCAAAAGCCUGCUUUUAUAGUACUAUCUAUUUGAGAAGAGUCCACAGCUCUCAUACCACCACACCUCAUCAGCCUCCCCAUAAUAAUUCCAAAUCCAUAACCAAGAUGAAGAAAAACGGGUUAGAUGUUGGUCACAAAUCAGAUUCCAGCAAAGUGAUACCAUUGAGUGAAGUUGCAGUGUCACCAUCAUCGAUGACCAAAAAGAUCAAUGGUGAUCAUCAUCAAUGUAGCAACAACAAAGAAAAGAAAGAUGGUGGUGGUAAUAAGCCUAAAACCAUGUCUCGAAUGAAGGAGUUGUUGAGAUGGGCUGCCCCUGGCAAAGCUGAGAGAGGAGGAAAGUUGAACCAAAAGGUUUCGAAGUUAAGGGACAGUGGUGGGGCUUCGAAGACAACAGUAUCAAACUCGGAUGGUCGUCGACUCAGUGCCAGUGAAUCACCGAAGAUAAGUUUCAGAUGGGAUCAUGGUUCCAUUUCCAGGAUUUCAAUGGCUGCUUCUUCGAUGAGAAACGAUGAAGCAGAAGCUUGCAAUAUGAUAUCAUUGAAUUCAACUGUUAUACAUGGGUUGAAUCGAUGCUCUGGCAGGAGAGGAAACUGGAUCACUACUGACUCUGAAUUUGUGGUGUUGGAGCUAUGAGGAUGAUAAUGGAAGGGAGAAGCUGAAAUGAGCAAAUGCUUCAUAGAUUUAGAUGGAUAAAAAGGAGAUAUUAGUAAGGGAGGGUCGAAGAUCUGAAAUUAAUGUUUUAAGUGUAACACAGCAGAGAGACUAAUGAAAAUUAUUAUGACUUUAAUA